CAUCCCCUUCUCGAGUCUCGUCUCGUCCACCGCGACGAGGGAACAGCGCCACUCGCCGACGAGCCGCGCGCGCGCGCGCGCGAGAGAGACCUUUCAGUAGUGGAAAGAAGCGGAAGGGAAGGGGAGGAGAGGAGAGGUGGAUCGGAGAUGAACGCGUUCCGGCUGGCGGGGGACAUGACCCACCUCCUCAGCGUGGUGGUGCUGCUCCUCAAGAUCCACACCAUCAAGUCAUGUGCAGGCAUAUCUCUGAAGACACAGGAGCUGUAUGCGCUUGUUUUUGCAGCUCGGUACCUGGACUUGUUUGUUCAUUUUAUAUCUCUGUAUAAUGCUUUCAUGAAGCUGGUAUUCCUGGCGAGCUCUUUCUCAAUAGUUUGGUACAUGAGAUGGCAUAAGAUUGUGCGGAGAACUUACGACAAGGAUCAUGACACCUUUCGCCAUUAUCUUUUAGUGUUGCCUUGCCUGGCUCUAGCUCUCCUCAUUAACGAGAAGUUUACUUUUAGAGAGGUGAUGUGGGCAUUCUCCAUUUAUUUGGAAGCUGUCGCAAUAUUUCCUCAACUUGUGUUGCUACAAUGCACGAGGAAUAUUGACAACCUGACUGGUCAAUACGUGUUCUUUCUGGGUGCAUACCGCGUGCUUUAUAUACUAAACUGGAUCUACCGAUACUUCACCGAGCCUCAUUUUGUUCACUGGAUAAGCUGGAUCGCGGGGAUAGUGCAGACUCUGUUGUAUGCUGACUUCUUCUACUAUUACAUAAUGAGCUGGAAGAACAAUGUGAAACUAGAGCUACCGGCCUGAGUUUGUUGUUUCCUUUCAAGAUAGACUAGGGUAAUACUCGUUAACGCAAUGGAUAGGCGGACAUGAUACAGAAUAAGCAUUGCUACCACCCACCAGGUUAAGGCAUGCAUUUUGGUUCCUGGGUUUAUAUCCUUGUAUCUUUCUGCUAUUAUUUGGAGGGGAGGAAAGCCAGGGUAGCCUUGUAACUUAUAAGGUGAGCUGUGUUGAACUGCGAUAGUCCUUUCAGGAACUUCGUGGCGGUGGUGCUGUAACCCUUUUAGCAAGUUAUUAUUCUCAUACGAUAUAAUCUACUGUACAAUGCAGUAUUUGUUUGGAAA